CCUGAGGAAUUGCUAAACUCUUGUGUUUUAAAUUAGAUUUGUCACAGCUGGGAAUUUGUUCUCCAAGAGAAAAGCCUCUCCACUCAAAAAUGAUCUGUCGGGGAUUAGAAAGAUUUAAUUAAGAAAUUUAAUUUGCUGGGCUGGGAUUUUGUAUGAGAACAUUAUCUUGGAAGGAGUGAAGAUUGGAAGACUGAUCUCUUCAAGAAUUGUUUACAGCUUGGCAUCUUAAAUUAGACUGAUGUUCACCGGAAAAUGGCUCAUCCUAUCUUGCACCUUAGGACACCUCUUCUCUUCAAAUAAUUAAUUAAGACCACCACUGUUUUUGACAUUAGUGGGUCUACAUUAAAGCAAAUGACCAAGUCAGCUCCUGUAGUGAUCAAUCGGAGAUAUUACUUUCAGUAAAUGACAUAUGCGUUUGGCAGGAAGUUUGUUGGUGAUCUUCAAGGAUAUAAAGGUAGGUGUGAGAGUUUUCCCAACAGUAACGGGCUAGCUUCUUCUUUCUUAAUCGCUUUGGUUUUCACUGCAAACCUUCUUCGUCUCUUGAAGCGACCUGCAACUGCUAGUAGAAUGCUUUCCUCGGUCUACAGUGCUCUCAUCAUCUCUGUCCUCUUCUCCGGAGACUGUUCCUCUUCCUCCGUCAGAGCUCUUGGACAAUUGGAAGAAGUCAAUGUGCCCCCAAACGACUAUAGCCAUGAGAUGAUGUUGGCUGUUGGGAAAUACCCAGAGAACAGAAGGUCCCUAAGAUCGUAUAAGACCAAACAACUUCUUCAGACAAGCCAAGUAGACCCCAAAGUCUUCCUCUUUCCAGAUUUGGGUUUCAAGAUGGACCCAAAAACUGUUCAACAACCUUUUACAUUCCAGAGGUUCUCCAAACCCCCUCCAGGCUUCAGAUCAGUGAAAGGACCACUUGGCAUCUUAGCCAAGAGGACGGAAACCUCCCAGGCAUCUGACCAAGGGAAAGAGUUUGAGUUGCCGGAGAUGCAGAGAGAACCCGACAAUGAAGAAAGUGGGGCAAUGUUCCCAAUGGGUAGGAGAACUUCCGACGGUAAGUCAUUAUUGAGAUGUGACCAUUGAGUGGGAAUUUGCAAUGCUGGAGAGGAGCAGAGGAAGAUUCCAAAAGAUAGACACAAAGUGCUGGUGUAACGCAGCGGGUCAGGCACCAUCUCUGGAGAACAUGGAUCGGUGACGUCUCAGCUCGGGUCGCCUCUUCGACUGAGAUUCAGAGAUUGGGCCUGACCUGCUAUGUUACUCCAGCAUUUUGUGUCUUUGGUAUAAACCAGCAUCUGUAAUUCCUUGUUACUACAUAGCAGAGGAAGAUAGUUGAAUCGUAGAUCUAAACCGAGUGAAAAAAUGUUUGAGUCCAAGAAUUUUCAACUAUACCAUCUCUCACAGAAAAUCCAUGCGGCACAGCAGGCAGCUAUUCAGCCCUUCACGUCUAUGCUGGCCCUCCAUGUAAUAGUCCGAGUCCAAUUCUCCCACUGUUUCCCCAUUGUACAACAAAAGAUGUAGAUUGAACUUGAUGUCAAAGGUGGACAGGGGUCAGUGGGGAUGUUUCGGUGGUGAUAUCUUACACGUUAGUUCAUGAAUGACUUGGGUCAGACUCAAAACACCACCCAAGACAAUUUCCACAUGCCCAAAAUAGUGAAGCUGGGCUACAACCUGUGACUUUAGAGAUCCAGCGCGAACACAGGCCCCACCGCCCACUGAUUUCACACCAACCCGUACACUAAACUAUUGUACACACAGAAAUACAGAGUUGAAGUUGAAAUCAGAUCUGACAUGACCAAGCUGGAAGGGCAUUUUUGAUAGGCAUCACAUACGGCAUAUGGAUCACAUACAGGCAGAGGAGAUUAGCUUAUCAAGGCAUCAUGUUCAGAAGUGGCUCUGUUUCUGUGCAGUACUAUUCUAUGUUCACCUUUAAGUUUAUUCAAGACUCAGCUAAAACGCACUCCUUGGCUGAGGUUGCAUUAAUGUCCGAGGCAAAUUAGGAGAUAUGGAGAUGGUGAUGCAGCAGAGCUGCUGCAUUACAGCACCAGAGACCUGGGUUCGAUCCUGACCACGGGUGCUGUCUGUGUGGAGGUUAUAUGUUCUCCCUGUGACCGCACGAGUUUUCUCCGGAUGCUCCGCUUUCCUCCCACACUCCAAAGACACACAGGUUUGAAGGGUUAGAGAGACACACAAAGUGCUGGAGUAAUUCAACAAGUCAGGCAACGUCUCUGGAGAAAACGGAUGGGUGACAUUAGACUUGGUGCAGUCUGAAGAAGGGUCCCGACUCGAAACAUCACCCAUCAUUUUCCCCACUUUA